CCUUGCCAUUUGGCUCUUUAGCGUUAGCCGCCUGCCUUUAGUUUCUUUCAGUUUCAGUUUGAACGUCGAACGCCGAGAACCUCGAGGUACCGCUCUUGCUGUCGGUUCGCUGAACCAAUCGGGCUGAAGCCAUUGAAACGCGUGUGAACGGCAGAACGAACGACGGUAUAUUCAUGGCUUGAACUUAAAGUAGAUAAUGUGAAAAAACCAACCAAAAGGCAAUGAAAACCCAAAAUUUCUAUGGCUUACAUAACUGCAGAAGUACAGUGAAUUGUGGACUCAAAUUGAUAAACAUCCAUAUGCAAUAAAAAAAUAAGAAAAUAAGACAAGUAGAAACAAAAGCUAAACUAAAUUUAUGGCUGGCAACGAUAAAGUCAGGAUUAACAGCUGAUAUUGGUGACUGAAAUCAACACUUCCAAACACACAAGCUUCAAAAAUAAACUCAUAUAAACGUCCGACCAGCUGACAACAAUGGUGGAGAAACGUUCAGAAAAAUAUAUUCCAAAGUCAAUGCGAGUGUUUUUGAGUGCUCCCAUAUCCUCAUCGCUAGCGCUCUUGAUAUGUUUGGGCCUAGUUGGACGCUCUUGUGCCCAAGUUGAUACCACCAUCAGUAGACAAGAAAGUCUUUCAGUUGAGCUACCGUGUCCCGUUAAUGUAGAUAAGUGCGGAAAACUCCAUUCACUUAAUUGGUUUAAGGGCGAUGAUCGCAUUGCUGCAAUGCUCCUUGGAGAAAGUAAUGUAACCAGUGUUGAUAAGGAAUUUGACAAAAGGGUAACUGUUAAGCAAAACCCAUACAGUCUAGUUAUAAAAGACUUGAAAAUAGCCGAUGAAGAUAUUUAUCUAUGUGAUACUACAUUUUUUAUACCAGAAGAAACGUGUGAUAACUUCAAUGGAUAUCGAAUCGAAUUGAGAGUCUUAGAAAACAUUGUGCCACCUACUGAGGUUGUUAUUUUGGAUGCAAAAGGCGAUCGAAUCGAGAACGGCAGCUCAGUUGGGCCCAUGCAGGAACGCCAGUCCCUGAAAGCAACAUGUACCGUAAAGAACACACGCCCUCAACCAGAAGUCGGCUGGUUCCGUGGGACCAAGAGACUAACAACUUAUUCUCCCACUCAUGACUUGAACAAUGGCCUUUAUACCUCAACACUCGAGUUGGACUGGCCGUUGUCCCGCGAAGAUCUUGCUCAGGACAUUGAAUGUCGCGUGAAGUCUGCUGCCAUACCAAAUACAACUGUAACAAAAUUUAGGGUGGACUUGCAAGUUCGUCCAACAAGUAUCGAUAUAAAUGGAGUAAAACACCAUACAGUGCAAGGCAGCAAAGUGGUUUUAACAUGCGAUAUUCACGGGGCUCGACCAGCUGUCAACCUUACGUGGUAUAAUUCAACUACCGUAAUCAGUCCUAGUGAAAAUGACAUGACCGAAAUUCGGAUUAAAUCGUUUGAAAAAAAUGAUGGCACAUAUCAUACUCAAUCAGAGCUUAUUUUUAAUGCCACUCGUUUUGAGAACGACCGUGUUUUUCGAUGUGAAGCUGAAAAUGCUGUUUUGCAAAUUAAUCGAGAAAAACCAAUUUCAUCUGCACUUACCUUGGAAGUUUUAUAUCCCCCCGUUGUUAAAGUCAGUCCAUCUGAUAUAAUUACCAAAACAAGUGAAAUAGUUCUUCUCAAUUGUGAAUAUGUAGCGAAUCCUGCAUCUCUAACUCAAGUUGAAUGGUACCGCAAUGAUGAUCUAGUAAAUGUAAAUGACUCGAGUCAUUAUAAGGGCGGCAAUUCUGAAAAUGUGGCUCUCGUUAUUAGAUCAACAGAAAGAGAUGACAUCGGAAAUUAUUCUUGUCAAUUAUCAAAUACUAUAGGAAAAGGAAUUUCUGAUCAAAAAAUUAAUCUUGACGUGCACUACGUCCCAAGCGUCGAGAUCUUAAUGAUACCAGAGGGACCUGUAAAGGAAAGUGAUGAAUCAAAUGUCACCCUUUUUUGCAAUGUGUUAGAUGCUAAUCCCCUAGCUCUUACCAAAGUAAGGUGGUACGCCAACUCUACUCUUCUUAAGGAACUGCCAGACUGUGAAGAAACCAGAGAAGAUUUAUGCCACAUAGAUCCAAGUAAACUUUUAUUGGAGAGUAUUGGACGUGGCUUCUUCUACAAUUAUUCCUGUGAAGGAUUCAAUUCUGCAGGCUGGGGUCCGCGCAGUGAAGACAAGGAACUUAUGGUACAUUACGAACCGGGACCUUCAACACUAACUCAUUUUCCGUUAGUCGCUGUGAAAAAAAAGAGCGUGACUUUCUCGUGCUCGGUUGAUGAUCCCGGAUAUCCAGACACAAAUAGAUAUCGUUGGCUGCGUGGCGGUCGGGGUCCUCUGCAGGACAUUGUGACGAAGGACUGGACGGUGGAGCCGGUUGGUCUAGAUAGUCGGACGAAUUAUUCUUGCUUCGCAUACAAUGAAGGCGGCAGAGGAGUUAUGGCUACAGUAAGCUUGGAGGUACACGCACCGCCAUUUUUCAUCAAAAACCUACCACCUUAUACGGGAGUAUUGCACUCCUCGCCCAAUGCAACUUUGACCUGUCGAAUUGAGUGUGUCCCGCGCUGUGAGAUAUCUUGGCAGAAGGACGGUGAGCCAAUAGAGAAAAACGAUACCCGUUAUUUCGUUAAGGAAAAAUACAUGGAGGCAUCCCCCGCCACAGGUGAUUUUGAAAGCAUGCUAUCAGUUUUGCACUUCAAUAUGCCAAAUUGGCCUCUUGCCAAAUUUGAUAUCGAGGCUGAUAAUGCGAACUAUUCGUGCGUGUCAACAGGCAAUACAGUAGGUGCUAGCAUCAGGAGUCGCACUUAUUUUGGCAUUGAAUACGCUCCUGAAAAUAUUACGGUUUCGGAGAACAUUGUGUUUGUCCAAGAAGAUACCAUACCAGGACGUGUAAUAUGUAAAUCCCGAGCUAACCCAGAACCUUCUUAUAAGUGGUUUUUCAAAAAUGAAACAAUUGCCAAUGGAAAUGCAUUAAUUAUUAAUAAGGCAAUGGAAAGAAAAGAUAAUGGCACUUAUACCUGCCUUGCCUAUAACAAGCAUGGCACCAGUAUUGCUGAAACUGUAAUCGAAGUGCAAUUUAAACCACGCUGCGAAAUUGAGAGAAGAGAAAUUGAUGAUCAGGACACGCUUAUUUGCACUGCCUUUGGAAAUCCCGUAGAGAGUGAUUUCUCUUGGUCAAUAAAAGCUGACAAUGAAACGGUUGAAGUUUUGGAUAGCGGUGACAAAAAAUCAUUUUUGGAAAAGAGUUUUUACGUUCUGCAAGCGGACUAUGCCAUUUCCAGAACUUAUAGAUGUGUGGCGAAUAAUACAAUUGGUUCUGGAACAUUUUGUGAAAUUGAAGUAGCUGCUGCUUCAUCGCUUUUAAUAUGGUGGCAAGUACGACCAAAAAAGCAACUGGCAUGGUGGCAGCUCUGGGAGAAGAACACACUUAUCAUAUUAGUUGCUGCUAUUAUGGGAUUAUUACUGACCGUGAUUAUUAUAUGUUGCAUAAUUAUAUGCAUUUGCCGUCGUCGUCGUCGCCAAGAUAAAUAUCUUACGGAAGUUUCUAUAGGUUCUAAAAGUGUAUUGUCUGAUCAGGCAGAAAUUACACAAUCGGGUGGGAGCCUACAAAAACAAGAUAAAUAUGCAGCUAUUUUAAGAAAUCCGUCUCCCACGCGCUUCAAUGCAAACCCGCCUAAAUCGCCACCGCGUUGGCCAAUUCGUCCUGGAGUGAUGCUUCACGUAAACAGCAACACAAAAGAAAAUCUGGCUGUGAACCGAAUGACAUUAAACAGGAAUCUGUGUAAUAGUGGUGGCCACAUGAGCGAGCUAUCGGCACAAUUAAGUGCUGUCUUAAGAGAAAGCCACGCUAGAUCCGAUAGUACCAUCCUCACCGACGAGUCUGUCGUUUUCGAGAAAAACGCAGCAUCACAGUUAUCUACAGUUGAAACAGCUCAAUUAAAGAUUGUAAAAGAGAACAAGUCUGGAGCAGAACUAGAACCAUUGGAUGUCUUGCCUGCCACAACAUCAUGUUCUGGACAAAACAAAUUGGGUCAUAUUUUAUCACUGCUUUUUAAAAAGAAUGCGAAUGAUUGCACUCGAGAUAGUCAGCGGAGUCAUGUUGGUUUAUUACAGACCUUUUGGCGUGGGCUGGCUUCUAAUGAAAGCACCCCGCAGUUUGGAACUCAGCAUCGUCUUAAAGGAAUUCGUUGCAGUGGAAGUGUGACCUACAAAAAGGCCAAAGAGACGAUCCACGGCAGGACAAACGCAACAAUUGGAGAACCUUCUUUAACUAACAAGCCCAGUAUUUGCCAAUCACAUACCUCAUUGACACAUCAAGUGCCUUCAUUAGACAAGGACGCAGCUAAAAUAGUUACGGAAGACACAAAUUUUUCCAAGAAAAUAGAAGACUAUACGUGCAAUGUCGCCCCCUGUAGAACGGAAGUAAGCUCUUUGGAGCCUCGUCAAAGGCGGUGCAACAUGGCACCUCCCAGACCCUCAACUCCUACAUUACAAUUAAGGAAUUUGCACAAUGCAAUCAACUGCAGCUGUUCCCCCGAUUCAACGUUGGCCCAAUCCAAUAAACUUGAACAUGUUAAAAUACACGGCAAGUCGUCUUCACUGGGGGAACCAUUGACGGAACCUGGCGAGUAUGAGAAUCUUCCAUUUCAUGGUCUGCAAACGGCACCUAAUAAGUGCUCUACUACCCCUAUAAAUUUUAAAAGCAACUCAAAUACGGUGCAUGGUCCUCAGCGAAUCAAGGGACUUAAUGGAAAUACCAAUCAAGAUCGUCAGACUACUCAACAUCCGCAUGUAUACCAGGAACAAACUUUUUGCGAGCAAGAACUACAGUAUGCUCACAGAUCACAAUACAAUACCGUACACCACAAAUCACCAACUGAUCGACACAAUAAAUGCGUAACUGAACUAGACUCCAAUCGUCAAGCUAUACAUAACCUAAGCAAAUGCUUCCCCAAGAGUUACACUGAGUAUUACCAUCAAAAUCAGCAACAUCAUCAAAUCCAAUUUCCAACAGCAAAGGAUCAGAAGAUAAACACAAAUUCCUUGUAUAACGUUCAGCUAACCAAUGCCAUAGAUCAUGAUUAUCUGCCCAGUUACACUGCAAUGAGCCGACCACUACCUAUUCCGACACUGGUAAACACUAACCCUUUUCUGGCCGCUACCAACUUUAAGAAAUACGUUAAAGAGGGAGAAGACCUCUCUGGAAGUAUGCCACGUGAAAAACACAGAAAAAACGCUCUGGACUUGGAGAAAAGGUUUAAUUCGCUAAAGUUCCCAGGCGGAAACAAACUAAAAAAUCGUUCUUAUAAUGAAAGCUUCUCAUCAGGUUCUAUCACAUCACCUAUACAGUCCGCUAUUGACGUUUGCAUUUUAUCAACAUGCAAGAGGCAUAAUUCCUUAGGUCGCCAAAGCAAAAGCGAUAUUGACCCGAGUGUGCAGCCCAUGCCCCCCUGCGAUCUUCCUGCUGACGAGAAUAUGGUCGUUGAAGACACAGUCGAUCAAAGUACAGAAUCAAUAAAAAUAGGAAGCAACGAUUUAAUUCUCCAUUCUCAUCAAACCUUGGCCACUGUUCAGCUGCACACUCAACUAGGCAAAGAAAUAAUAAAGAAGCACCACCACCGCCAUCACCACCACCAGCAAAUAAAGAAGGAAGAGAUUGCUGACUUGGAGUUAAUGGAGGCUGAGCGCAACAGCAUUUAUCGGAGUGACUCCGGAAUAUCUAAUAGCUCCUACGAGUCCCAAUUCCCCAUAGCCUUAUCACAAAUUCGACCAUCAAAACCAAAAAAAGGAUCUGUUAACCAUUUAAUUCAAAAACGUGUUCAUAAAAAUGUGGAAGCUCAGAAAAGUGUAUUGAUUCACAAUGAUUCGCCUAACGUAUUAUUAUCCGAAAAUAAUUUUUCUGAAUGCGGUGUACCAUUAGUUAAUAAUUCAACAUCGCUUUCGCCCUGUAAAAAGCAUGCUGCCUCUUCGCAAUGCAACCAUCACCAGCCACCAUCAAUUCAGUACAAUGACAGGACUACAACAGAAGCCCUUGUGCAGCACCCACUUGGUCACCAGUGCGUGAAUUCGGUAUCUACGCCAACAGUUUCCCUCAGUUCAAACACUUCCAGCGUUCAAAGACCAAAUAAGAAAAAACUAUUGUUGGCUAAUAAUCCAUUUCUAGCCAAAUAUGAAAAAAAAAACGCUGUCAACGGUAAAAACAACAACAGGAUGUUGCGACGGAAAACCAUUAGUAACCCGUACGAACAUAUCCAAAAGCAUCAAUAUGCAGGCCCUAGCGACAAUUGUGCUCCCUCCAGAGAAAACCAAGGCUUCCAUUCAGAUGCCAAUCAAAUUCACAGUUCUGGCCCCAAAUUUGAAUCGGGUGAUUCACAAACAGCAUCACCAGAGCAAAUGAAAAUUAUCAGCCAUGCAGCUCAAACUACCAGCAGAAAGAUCGGGAAUCGUGCCGACCGACAAGUGUUAAUUGUGCCCGAGAUUUCUUCAAACGUCAUAAUAGGUUCUUCCGAUGAUGGGGAAUAUGAUUGCCUAGUGGCUCGACGGCCUAUACGCCUACCGUUGCGUAAGCAUCACACCUUUCACUUCCAAAACACACAGACAGCUAAUGGCAAGUUAUGUGAGCUGCGGGAGCUACUGCAACUGCAGAUGCAAGAAAGGGCUAAAUUCGAACAAGAAGAGGUUCCUUUAGUAAUUGGUCCGGUGGAGUUAAGUGAACAACACGCCUUUAAGCCGAUUUCACCAACACCUACAUUGACAGCUUCGGCAGAGCAGAAGACACGAUAUCAGAAUCAAAAUGACUUUCCUUUCUCUCAAAAUGAAGAUGAUGAAGAUCUUGGAUACAGUUUCUGUGAAGAAGAAUGCAUGGUAGACAGCGAUAACUAUCCCACCUCGGACAAUCGUAGUACUGCCCUGCUUCAAACUCCAUUACAUCGAAAGCUAUUUAAAACGAGACUGCAUGUGCUCUGGAUACUUUAUAUAGCAAAGCAGUUGUGAAGUUCAUAUUUAGAUAUAAAAUUAAAAAUUAAAACAAGCCUAAGUGACGCAGACAAG